AUGACAAUUCAAGAGAAAUUAACACCAUUUAUUGUUUGCGAUAUCAAAUCUGCAAGAAAAAUUUUCGUGAAAUGGUUUACUUGCCAAUACAUUCUUAUUUUUAUAUUAAUUGUUGAAGUUCUAAUUUCAAUAAUCUUGAUCAAUAAGUCGAAACAUUCAUAUUUGUAUACGGAUCCUUAUGAGCCAAUUGUUCACGGAACAUUUGAAACUUUUGCAGACAACAAAACUGAACUUUGGAAUUCAAUAGUACGACGGAUAGGACAAACUAUACGAGACCUUUAUGGUGAAAUAAUGGUUGUAAGUCGUGGGUUCGGACAUCCAAAUUAUGAUGGAUUCGUGCCAUAUUAA